GGCUUUUGUUCUUGGAAAGUGAAACCUACGUAUAGAGAUUGGCAUUUCUAUUCAUAUCCAUCACUAGGGAGAUCCAUAUUCAUGCAUUCUUCGCCCAUCAUGGUAUCGCACUCUCCGGAAGCGAUAGAGGUGGGCGACGAGCUCAUCGGAGGGGGCUCCGGGGGGGAGGUGGCGGAGGCGCCCCUCGCGGCCUCCACGCCCGGCCCCUCCCCGACGGAGCAAAUCGUCUUCCAUCGCACGGGCGAUCCGCCUAGCGUGGAGAAUCUUCCUCGAAUGACCUCCCACAACGAUCUGAUCUCGGGGCAUCCAAGAGAACGUGGAAGUAACGCGAACGGCCUCGCGAUCGGGCAGGUGAUGCGCGCCGUAACGAGUGCGUUGCCUGAAGGCAUGCAUCUUUCGCGAGAGGCGCGGGUGGCGUUUCAAAAGGUCGCCACCACGGCGCUGCUUUACAUCGCCUGCCUCGCGGAUGACGCGCGAUCCUCCCGGACGAAGGGGAAGAAGCGGAAGACGCUCACUGUGCAGGAUGUUCGAGACGCCUUGGAGGCCGCCGGGCUCGCACACCUCAUUCCCCUUAUGCACACCACUGUUAAGCGAAAUCGCGAAUAAGUCGGAUUUUCAGACUCUCCAGCCACCCUCUUCACCUCAAGGAGGGAAUAUCAGGUAAUUAUAUAGGAAAAUGUCUGUGUGUGGGGGAGGAGGCACGAGCACAACGUGGUUUCCUGUGUAUGUGUUAGAUGUGUGAUCCAUAGAUUAUUGAGCCGCAUAGAUAGGGGUGUUUAAAUAGGUCCAAUGCUUUGGCGGAGGGAAAAA